AUGGAUGGCACCGGACAACCUGACCUUUAUAUCCCUUUUUCAAACGUGACUGGCAUGGUGCGGAGCCCCUACAAGAAACCACACCAUUACUAAGCUGAGCCUUGGACUUUUUUUGUCCUGGCCGCGUACAUGUUCUUGCUCAUCGUAGUUUGCUUCCCCAUUAAUUCCUUCCAGGAGCAAGAAGCCCCGGGACUGCGAAACUACGUCCUGCUGAACCUGGUUGCUAAUCUCUUCAUGGACCUUGGAGUAAUCACCACGACUAUUAACGCAGCAAUGCACAGGUACUGGAUACAGUUUCGGGGGUUUCUUGGUGAGAUCCCUCCCUGGUCCCUGGUCUGUAUGCCCAUGAGCAAAUUUCGUUUUGGGGAGAACCGUGCCAUGGCAGGGCUACCCCUUACCUGGAUUAUGGCAUUCACCUGCUCUGUGCCAUGUCUUAUCAGUUGGUCUCAUUACAUUCCUGAGGCCAUGCAGCGGUCCUGUGGUGGUGACUGCUACACCGUGAAGCCUCUGAUCUACAAUUUUCUAAUCUAUUUCUCCAUCCCAGGGUCUAUUAAAUCCUUCUGCCACUGGCACCUACUCUGCACAGUCAAAGAGGCAGCAGCCACCCAGCAGGAGACCCUGGCGCAACAAGUCCUCCAAAUUAAAUGA